CUUCUCGGAGGGCGGACGACUUGUAAGGGUGCGUUACCUUCUCUCGUGGACCCAAAAUAUUCAAGGUUAAUGAGCUAUACUAGCAUUCAGUUACCACUUACUGGAGUGGGAAAUGCUCUCAACCACUUGAUGCCUAUCGAUUCUACUGUUAACACCGUCAGAACUAGUGACCAGUUAAACGAAUCUUCGUUUAUACAACUAACAGAUAGUGAUGGCAACGAAGUUGGGACGCCAAUAUGGAUUCCUUUAGACGUCGACAGAGGCAAACUCACAGAUUUACUAAGUAGUCUUCUUCAAAGAGAAGAUUUGGAUUCUUUGACGUAUGACUUUUUUGUGGGCGAUGUUCAAAUUUUGGAUGAUUUAAAAACAGCUUUAAUUCAAGCACGAGCCAAAGGCACUGAUGCUUCUUUACCGAAAUUUGGAUCAACUGGUCUUGAAGCUGUAGUCAAAGUCACGUAUCAGGCUCAGGCUGUUUUUCGAGUUCGCCCAGUUACUCGUUGUUCAAGUAGUAUACCAGGUCAUAAGGGUGCAGUUCUGGUUGCGCAAUUUUCACCAGACGGAAGAAGUUUAGCUAGUGGCUCUGGAGAUCAAACUGUUCGUUUCUGGGAUCUCAACACUGAAUUACCUCUUAGUACAGGAUCGGAAGUGCACAGAGCUCCUGUUCUCUGUUUGGCUUGGUCUCCAGAUGCAGUACGGUUGGCAUCUGGGUGUCAAGGUGGUAUGAUUUGUUUGUGGCAGCAAAAAGAAACCGGCAAUGAUUGGGGUCUAUGCUCCACCCAUCCUUUAAUUAAACCUCAAUUAGCAGCCACUCCGGCUUGUUCUAAAGGACGGUGGAUACGAUCUUUAUCGUGGAGACCAUUACAUCUAGAUGGAGAAUGCAGACAACUUGCAGUUGCUUAUCAAGAUUGUUCAAUAGUUAUUUGGGAUACGUAUACUGGCCAGCCAAUUCAUACAAUUACUGGUCAUGAUAAACCAGUUGUGUCUGUACGUUGGGGUGGAACAGAUUUAAUUUAUUCUGCUAGUCAGGACCGUACAAUUCGUGUAUGGAGAUCUAAAGAUGGUGUGUUAUGUCGUACAUUAAAUUUGCAUGGACAUUGGGUAAAUUGUUUGGCAUUGAGUACUGAUUAUGUACUACGUACUGGUGCAUUUGAUCCUGCCUGUGCUCAGUUAGUCAAAACAGUUCCUGUAUUAUCAAAAGAUCCAGAGGCUAAGUUGAAGUUGGCUGAAACAGCAAAAUCACUAUAUGAAAAAGUUAAGGGUUCUAAUCCUGAGAGAUUGGUUGCAGGAUCCGAUGACAAUACACUUUCUUUAUGGCAACCAGAAAUCGAUAAAAAACCACUUGCUCCCCGUAUGACUGGUCAUCAAGGAGUUGUGAACGAUGUGAAGUUCUCUCCAAAUGGUCGUCUUCUUGCUAGUGCUAGUUUUGAUCAUUCUGUCAAAAUUUGGGAUGGUUUUACAGGACAAUUUUUAGCUACUAUGUUCGGUCAUGUUCAAGAUGUGUAUCUAGUCUCUUGGUCAGGUGACAGUCGUCUAGUUGUAUCUUGUUCUAAAGAUUCAACAGUGAAAGUAUGGUCCGUUAAUGAAGUUCGUCGCUGGAAUCAAGAAUCUGUCACAGUAUCUAAAGAAGAAAAGAAAAAACAAAUAUUUGCUAGUGAUGUAGCCGGUAAGAAACGACCCAGUUCAUCAUCGUCAUCAAUACACCAACGUAAACGCCAUUUGCUACAUGAUUUACCUGGACAUUCAGAUGCAGUUUAUGCAUUAGACUGGAGUCCUGAUGGACAAUAUGUUGUUUCAGGUGGUAAAGAUCGAAUAUUGAAAUUGUGAGUUUUAAUUAGCAAUACGUUUUAGAAAUAAGAUAGUUUUCGUCACGAAUAACAGUAAGCAGAUAUAUUUUUUAUUUACAUACAAAAAUAUUAAGUGGUUGUAUUCCCCUCAUGUAAAUUGAUAUCUAUCUUUAUCUCCUAAUGUUUGAAAGUUUUAAUUUCAGCUUUAUCAUGUAUUUCAUCAGUUAAGUUAACUAGCCUAUGUCUCAUUUUAUCUCAUUCUUAGCGAAUACGAAUGUACUUACUUACGCCUCUUACUCCUCGUGGAGGAGUAUAGGCCACCCACCAUCAUCCUCCAUCCAACUGUUUCCGGGACUGUGCUUUCCAGUUGCUAUUCAUCCUUUUCAUGUCCGCUUCCAAUUUCCGACGUAAUGUGUUGUUCGGCCUUCCUUUUUCCCGUUUCCCUUCAGGAUUCCAAGUUAACGCUUGCCUCGUGAUGCAGUUUGGUGAUUUCUGAAAUGUAUGUUCUAUCCACUUCCAACGUCUUUUCCUAGUUUUCUCCUCAGCUCGAAGCUGGUUUGUUCUCUCCUACAAUAGGCUGUUAUUGGUGGUAUUCGGUGAACAGAUAUUGAGUAUCUUGUGUAGACAAUUGUUUAUAAAUACUUGCACGUUUACUAUGAUGGUUGUGGUAGUUUUGUAAGUUUCAGCUCCGUACGGUAGAACUGUCUUGACGUUCGUAUUGAAUUUUGUAACUUUGAUAUUGGUUGACAAUUGCUUGGAACUCCAUAUGUUGUUCAACUGUAGGAAUGCUGUCCUUACCUUCAUGUGUGCACCUGAUCCUCCUUGUUAAUCGAGUAUGCUGUCCAGCUACAUGAAAGUUUCCACUUCUUCUAGAGCUUCUCCAUCAAGUGUAAUAGGGUUGGUGCUCACUGUGUUGUAUUCAAGGAUAUUGCUUUUUCCGUUGUGUAUGUUGAAGCCUACUGAUGCAGAGGCUGUGAUAAGAAUGUGUGAGAUAACAAUUCUCCACAGUUUUAUGCUAUGUGUUGUCUACUGAUAUUUGUAAAGCUUGGUGAAAUCUAAGUUACUGAGAUGGGGAAGAAAUUAUGUUGGAUCAUCUGUUCAUAUGGCUCAGUGUAGUUUAUUGAUUUAUUAUCGUGUUAAACCGUACACGAAAUCGUACUAAUCUGGUAAAAAGCGAUAUACUUUACAUGCAUAUUUCAUCUACUAAGGUUGUGAUAAUCGUUUUCAUUCGAUUCUAAAUAAAUGCACCCAAAGAGUCACUCUUGCCGUGAAUUCUUACACUUCAUUAGAUUUUUUAAAAUAUUUCGUUCAAUCACAUAGAAAUAGUAAUCAGUGGUAUUUUUCAUAAACGCAUUUUUAUGUAAAUGUUAAUACCUCCCUUUUUAGAAUGAUUGUUAUCAAUAGCUAUCGUUUGUAUAAAACUGAAGCAUCUCAUUACUGAGAUCAGUUAGUGGUUAUGCUUUUCGAAAAAUUCUAUUUAAUUGCGGUAAACAUCUAUAAUUUUGUAAUCUACAUCACUAACUGAAGACCGGAAAGCACUGAACAGCUUUUCGUCCUAGUAUGAAACUCCUCAGCGUCGUAUAUCGACUAUCACACUAAAGGUCAAAUCCAUGACCUACGAGUCUGACAACAAGCGCUUAACUCCGAAGCUAGUGUUCUUAGAUUCAAUGACUCACAUCUCAUGGAUGUGCAUUGUUGAGAAGUCUCAUGAUAAGAUGAAACAGUUGUUGAAUGAUUCGUGGCUUUUCAAUAGUUUCUUUCUAACUAUUAUUGGUUUGUGAUGUAAACUAUCAAAUCAAACUAAUCUCCCUAAAUAUCAUACCGUUGGUUAACUUAAUUAACGGGGAAUAUUUUCGAUUUUCGUUUUUGUUUCCCCCUACUGUCAAUAAUUCACUUGUUUUCCUUUCUGUUUCAGAUGGCGAGCGUAAAAAGUAUCAGAACAUUAUUUUAUAUUCUUUGCAAAUAUCAUUGAAAAUUUGAUUUUUGCCACCAUGUUGACGGUAAUUUUCUAAAAUAAUUUCCUAUUUGUAGAUAUAAACAUGUACAUGAAAAGAAUUAAUAAAUAAAAUAUAUUACAGUGGUUAGCA